GAUGGCCACGAUUUGAUCCAUCAUGUGCGAUCACGGUGAGCAUGAGUGUUCGCACGCGACGACUGCAGCUUCGGUGCACCAGACGCUUGACGAGCUGGACUUCGAGCGGGGGAUCUGGGCAGCUGCUCGGGACGGGGAAGAGGGGAGGGUCCGCGGCCUGCUGGACAGAGGCACGGCGGCAAACGCUCAGGACUCUUCCGGCUACACGGCACUGCACUAUGCUUCCAGAAGUGGCCACCUGGAAGUGUGUGACCUUCUACUCCAGAGGGGGGCAGACCCCAACAGCCAGACCAGAUCAGGGGGAGUGACUCCACUGCACAGAGCAGCCUACUGUGGGCAUGAAGCUGUGGUGAAGUUGUUGCUGAGAAAAGGAGCAAACCCUGCCGUGUGUGAUGGGGAUGGGAAAAAUGCACUUCACAAGUCUGCGGAGAGGGGUCAUGUUGAAGUCUCAAGACUCUUACUACAAGCUUCCUCAGACACCAGAAGUGUUAAAGACAAGAGGGGGAAACUACCUGUCAACUAUGUACCUGGGGACUCUCAGAACUUGCUCAAGUUGCUGUCUUGACAAAGACUUAAAGAAGUCUUCUGAGCUUAAUUUUACCAAGACAUUCUCCUUCGGAGCUGAACACAAGAGGACGUUGCCACUUCAUGUUGUAGUGUUCAUUCUUCUUUAUGGUAACAAAGUUUGAUCUGGGAAACUUUUAGGGUAGUGCUUUAGGAAAUUUGUCUGUCUUAAGGGCCCUGUCCUAUAUUACUUUGAGCACGCACACUAAAAGAGUCUGCAUCUGGUGUGAAAAAUAAUUGGGCUUAAAAAGUGUGUGGUCCAAGGGCUUCAAAAAUAGAAAAGAGCACUGCCCUAUACACCAAAAGGUGUUUGGAGGAUUUUCACUUAAUGUUAAGAUGAUCAAGUAAGAUGUUUUGAAGAAAAGUUCUGCAGGAUUUACAAUGUUCAGCAAUGACUAAAUAUAAAUAUAUCUUGCAUAUGCUGCAAUAAGAAGUGAAAAAAAUAUAACUCACACUCUCAAUGUGUUGGUUGGUUUUAUUCCUUAUAUACAGAUUGUACAAAGUAAGAGGUACAAAAGUUGCGCCUUUUAUACAGAAACACAGAUGGCAACAUAAGAAACACAUUACAUACUUAUUACAUCUUUGACAAACAUAAGUUAACAACCAGUACAUAGCAACAGCAUUUGUAUAAAUACCCAACAGCCACAGGCCGUGGUUUGCAUUGCUAAAUACUGCACUUACUUUAACUACCAGUUUACAGCUAUCUUAAAUUGAGAGCAUUUUAUUUCUAUUUUCACCACUUAAGGUACAUGUAUACCACAUUAAGUACCUCGUCUUAACACUACAAUGUCUUUAUCUUUACCUUCAAGGUACUCUUGUACUUAUCUAGUGCACUGAUUGAAGCAAGAAAUCUCACUGGAAUUGGUAACGUUAACAUGAUUCGUAUGUACGAUAUUCACAACUGCAUUCAGCAACAGAAAAAUAGGUCUAAUAAAUGCUUUCCUUAAAAAAAUGCAAAAGUAUAUUCACAACAAUUGGAGCAAUACAUGGAAAUCAAAAAGGAAGCAAAACAAUCUGACUGCAAAUCAAAAUUAUAAAAAAGUUAUUUAUUCAAAAUAAAAUCUGCAUAUUAAUUGUAGCCAUCAGCCUCAAGUUUGUGAUAAAUGAAAAGCAUCAAAACAAAAGCUACAUGUACCUUAACAUCAAAAUAAACAUCUUUCACAAGAAAAAGAAAGCAGAAAAGUUUUCUCUCUCCCAAAUGCAACCUAUUUUGUCACAAUAAAAGCCAUGAUCCUAUUCUGUGCACCAAUUGUGCAUACUAACUUACAGCAGUAGCAAGCAAAUCACAAGAGCUUGGCACAUGGUUGUAAAAUAGUUCUUUCUUGAGCUGCACAUUCGCAUCCUCCUGAAAUACUCUACUGUAACUACUCUUUACACACUACUUAAUGGAAUGUGAUCCACGGAAGUGACAGCGUUGGAACAGGCAAUUUGUAGCCAAAUAGAGCCAACUAAACUUCCCGGCAAUGGAGAAGAAAAAUAAGCACCUCAACGACCAAUAAAGGGCAACGUUGUACACAAAGUAAUUUUAUACUCCAUAACCUUGCAGAUAAAAAGUGCAACACCACAAAAGCUGAUGUAUUGGACAUAAACGAACUACAAUCAAUGUAUGAGAGGACGUAUGCCUGGUCCUGAAUA